AUGGUUACUGAAUUAUGGCUUUGCGGUAAAUCCAUUGCGGAGAAUGAAUUAGCUCAAUCACUGAAAACCAACAACUGUUUGAAGGUUCCUGACAACGAAGCCAGUGGAAACAGUCCUGCUUGCUCGGUGAGACUGCAUUCAGAGACGUUAACGACACCGUUGUGCUGGAAUAGCGAGUUUCAGGUUCAGGACUAUAUGAAUGCUCUUUCCACUUCACGCUUCGGAAGAUUCUUAAUUUGCUCUCCCAGAUUAGCUUCCACUCACGAUGUCAUAUCCCUCAACUUUGGUGAGUUGCCAGUUGGGGCAGCUUGUGUUGCAGAUGUACAGACGAAAGGGAGAGGUAGGUCAAAAAAUGUGUGGGAAUCUCCGAAAGGAUGCCUAAUGUUUUCCUUCACUAUACAAAUGGAAGAUGGCAGAGUUGUUCCACUUCUACAGUAUGUGGUUAGUCUAGCUGUGACAGAAGCGAUUAGAGAUCUUUGUCAACAAAAUGGCACAGCGCAACUUGAUGUUAAAAUAAAGUGGCCGAAUGAUUUGUACUUGGAUGGCCUCAAAGUAGGUGGGAUUUUGUGCACAUCAACAUACAAGUCAAAGAAGUUUAAUGUCAGUGUUGGAAUAGGCUUGAAUGUUGGUAAUGAGAAACCAACCAUCUGCUUGAAUGCAGCUCUGCUAAAACUCACUCCUGUGGCUCGUGAACUACAGCGAGAAGAUGUAAUGGCAGCUUUCUUCAAUAAAUUUGAGUAUCUGUAUGGUAUCUUCAUUCAACAAGGAUUUCGAUCUCUUGAGGAUUUGUACUAUAAGUCUUGGUUACACAGUGGUCAAAAUGUCAUAGUGCAAGAAAGAAUUGAUAAUCAAGACGAAGCUACAGAAGAGUUGGUCACCAUUCAGGGUUUAUCGCCGUCUGGUUAUUUAUUAGCUGUAUCAGAAGACGGUCAAACAUAUGAACUUCAUCCUGAUGGAAACAGUCCACGUAGAGGAAUGAUCCCUUUUAGUUUGAAACAGGAGAAGGUCCGUGUGAGCGGACGGAUAGGCAGUGAUCUGUCUGGACAAGAACACGAAACUCGCUUGAUUUCUUGCAAAUUGCAAUAA